AUGAGGACUAAACUGGAGCUGCUACCGGCCUCGUCGCUGGAAAUCAAGAUCCCGCCACAGGAAAUCAAAGACACGAUUGACAAGUGCGUGACUUACAUCCUCAAAAACGGCCCUUCGUUCCGGGACCGACUAUUGAAAAACAACCGAAACCAGCAUUUCAAUUUCUUGCUUGAUGAGAAUGAGUAUCACGGGUACUACGAAUGGAAACUCGCCAACACCGCCGCUCCAAAAGACCUCUCCCAACAGCAACAAGAUGACGAACAACAACAGGAGGAGGCAGAACCCCUGGAUAUCGCGAUUGAGCAACCGCGAGAGCUCCCCUUUCUCAUCUCCACCUUCCCCAUGCUAACCCAGUACGAUCUCGACGUGAUCAAAGCCACGGCACUCUACAUCCUGAUCAACGGCACCGCGCGCAUCCCCGAGUUGAUCCAGCACCAAACGCACCUCCACCAACACGCGCAAUUUGAGUUUCUCCACGCACACCACUCGCUCCACCCCUUAUUCCAAACGUACCUCCGCCAAUACAAUUUGGUGCAUGCAAUGUAUCACGACCAGCAAGCGCCAUCACGCGUGCUUUUAUCUCGCGAUGUCGCGGAGCUGAAGUUUGCGGUGUUGACGAGGGGAUUUGACCGCGCGCAGUAUUGCAAGAUGCAUAAAGUCAAAGUGCAGCGAGAAGCGGAUCAAAAGCGUGCCAAAUGGGAACGGUUUGCGCUGAUUGAGUGGCUGGAUUUCGCGAUUGUGGAUGCCGUUGUGUUUGAUGCUGUGGAUGAGGUGCGUGAGUUGGGGGUGCCUUUGUCACGGGACGAGUUGAUGCGCAGGUCGCUUGCUUCGCGGAGACAGGAUAUCACUUUGACCAAAGCUAAGCCAGCGGAACGCGAGGGGGAGACGAAGGGGGAGAAGAAGGAGAAGGGGAAGGAGGAGGAAGUGGCGACGCCGCCGCCGUUGAAGGGCAUGAAGAUCCGCGCUGCUGGAACUACACGAUUAAAGAAAACGGCAACAGCGUCGGCAUCAGCCACGUCGACGUUGAGCGCCACGGGGAACGAAAACAAAAUCAAGUGUCCCAUUACUGGCAAAUUGGUUCUUGAAUCGCAGUUUGACUCGCACUUGAAGGAGUUGUUGCGUGAUCCCAGCUACAAGCAACAACAAGAGAACUAUUUGCGGAAAAACUUUAGCUACGAGUCCAACGUCACUACUGAUCAAGUGGUGGAGAAUAUCAAGCGGUUGAUGAAGAAGCGCAACUUGCAAGAGAGUGAUUCAUGA